AUGCUGAGGCUUUAUAAGGACCACGAGUAUCUGCACAAGGAGGACAAAAAAGAAAAUGGAACCCCUCUUGGCAGCCAAGGGGGCAGGGAUUUUGGGGGGUCCUGUGCUUUGCUGGAGAAGCACGUGGGGCUUCCACCCUGAUGCACACCUGGACUGGGGGCUCAGCGCAGAAGCAGCUCCGGGCGCUGCUGCGGCAGAUGCUCUUUGGCCGCCGUCGGAGAAACAUCUGCACCGAGACGGGGAAGAACCUCGAGGGGUGAAGCCAGACCUACCACCAAGACAACUGAGCGUGGAAAGGGGGAGCUGGUAUAAAACCCCUCCGUCGUUGAUUCCACCACCAUGGCCUGGCUGUGGCUCCAUCUCUGCAUCUGCCUCCAGAUCCCAGGUUUCUAUACAAAUCUACUUGUAUUUCAGACUCCAGAGUAUAUUUUAGCCCAAACUAACAAUAAAACAGAAAUCUUCUGUCAGCUGAAGAGGGAGCAUACAGGGGUGUACUGGUACCGCUGGAGCCAGGAGAGGCAAAAUUUCGAUUUCUUGAUAUUUUCCAAUCCAUCGGGCAAAGCCACGUAUGGCCCAAACAUCAGCCAGGACAAAUUUAGUGUCCGUGGGGUGAGUUACCACACCUCCUACAGCCUGCACAUCAGCCACCUCCACGCCUCGGACAACGGCACCUAUUACUGCUCCAUCUCCCAGUCCUCCCAGCUCCUCCUGGGCCGUGGGACACGGCUUGGUGUGGUUGAUGUUUUGCCUCUGCCUCCAAAGACCACGCAGGCACCGCUCUCCAAAAAGCCCAGGCAGUGCAUACCCAAAAGCAAAGCUGCUGACAAGAAAGGUGCCUGCAGCCCCCUGGUCUGGGUCCCGUUGGCCACCGGCGUCCUGAUCCUCCUGCUGAGCCUGGCCCCCACCGCCCACCGCCUCCACCGUCUGCGGCGGAGGCUGUGGCUUCGUGUCCACCGGCAGUAAAUCCCACCAUCUCCCCCCACCUCGGGCAGGCAGG